GUCGCUUAAAUUUAAGUGGUGGUUCCCUUACGGAAACCCCAGCGCGGGCCCCUCACCUCACUUAUGUUGAAGGCAACUUAUCUCCAGGGGGAAAAGAAGCGCCCCUGUUGAAAUGCUGAUAAUCAUUGAGCCUUUCCUGCGCCGAAAACUAUUUAAUAAGCAAAGUCGAAUGUCCCUCGUGGUCUGCCUCACCCCAGGCACCUUUCCUCCGACCCGAGUUUUCCGAAAGGACGAAGGAAAGGGAAGCGACGUCCUACUCGCGUAUUUAAAGGGGGCACCGGGCCAGCAGAGAUCCGUGUUUCUCAACUCUUUCCAAGAGCACCUCGCGUCCCGAGUCGCCGCCUUCAACUCGGAGAAGUCAGGAGCCCCACAGGAAACUUGCAUUAUUGCACCCGCCGCCACAAACCCGGGCCAGCGGACGGGCAGGCGAGCUGGCUCCCACGGAGUGCGCCCCCUCCACGGCCGGCCGCCCCGCGGGCCCGCCCUCCCCGGGGGACCCCUCGGCACCUGCGGCCUCCGAAACCAUGUCGGGCAGGUCGGUUCGAGCCGAGACCAGGAGCCGGGCCAAAGAUGAUAUCAAGAGGGUCAUGGCGGCUAUCGAGAAAGUGCGCAAAUGGUGGCGUUUGCUGGGAAGAGCACGGGGUGGUUACCAUGCCGUCUGGUCCUGCUUCCCUUCCCCCGACCUGAGAGGCGUUGCCAGGAGGGCAAGGGAGAAGAAGUGGGUGACUGUGGGUGACACAUCCCUGCGAAUCUACAAGUGGGUCCCUGUGACUGAGCCAAAGGUUGAUGAUAAAAACAAGAAUAAGAAAAAGGGCAAAGAGGAGAAGUGUGGCUCGGAGGUGACCACUCCGGAGAAUAGCUCCUCCCCGGGGAUGAUGGACAUGCACGAUGACAACAGCAACCAGAGCUCCAUAGCAGAUGCCUCCCCCAUCAAGCAGGAGAACAGCAGCAACUCCAGCCCUGCUCCGGAGUCCAGCGUGGCCGUGCCCGGCGAUGGCGCCGACGCCAAGGUGGACGAGGCCCAGGCCGACGGGAAGGAGCUCCCGGGGGCUGAAGAUGCUUCUGAUGAGCAAAAUUCACAGUCUUCAAUGGAAAACUCGAUGAACAGUUCAGAGAAAGUUGAACGGCAGCCAUCUGGAGACGCAGGUCUAGCUGCAGAGACGACCACAAUCUCUCAGGAUUUGGAAGGAGUGCCACCCUCUAAAAAGAUGAAACUGGAGGCUUCCCAACAAAACUCCGAGGAGAUGUAGACGCUAAGGUCAGUCCUCCGAUCCACGUUUCACGGGAGAUCCAUCAGCAGGCUUAAUUCUAGAACAACUUCACCCGAGUGACUCCUCUCGGGCGCGGACAGAACUACUAACUUUUCAAGUUUACCAAGUGCAAAUCCAAGAAAAUCUAGAACGGCGUAACUUCUCAGACACUGAAGAACUUUCUGCUGUGAAGUGAAACACUCAAGUCUUGAAGUGACUGUCCUUGGAAAGGCGGGGCUGACAGCUCAGGAGUGUCUGCACACUGUCUCUGAAGCCAAGAUUUCAUUUGUGUUGCUGCUGUAUUGUUUUUUUUCCCACUUCUCUAUUUAACGAGAUAAGCUAUUUGAGGGUGGUACCGAUCAGGAAUUCGCUGUUCGUCACGGCUUUUUCACCGUUCACCCGAUUCUUUCUGCUUUCUUUUUUUGUGCCUUGUGCCCUUGAGGUGACCUCUGGCAUGUUUUCCUGGUUGUUUUGCAUCUCCCUUUGUGAAGUGCCCUCUUGGUUUUGUUCAGGCAGCUGCUGCCACCGUCCUCCAACCUCCCUGCCCCAGGACUUCAUUCGGAGCGGAGCAGGCCAGGGAGGAGGAGAGCCCGAGGCCACCUGAUUUCCAGGUACCCUGAGCCCUGGGUGGGGGCAGCACCAGCCUCUGGGGUCUGAGGAGUCUCAGAUGUCAGGGCACUGUCCCCAAGGGCUGGCCACUUGAUAUGCUCUCGCUUCCUCGGGGCAUCUGAGGCUGGCGUUUCCAAGCCCACGGCGGCCCAGACGGACACACAGAGCCCUUAGAUGGUUCUGGCACCUCCACCCUCUGCCUCCACCAUACCGCUUUCUCUCACACCUCCGAACAUGAAAUGGCUUCUGUGGCUGACUGCAGGAUUGUCUCCUUAAGACGAUAAAAGGGCUGAGGAGGCUGGGAGCAGAUGGCAGGAAUAGCUGGUGCUGAACUUCUCUCAUAGGACGUUGCUUGGAUUGCAAAUCCACAGUAACCUGCUGUCCUCUGCCUCCCCAGCUCCCCCCGGCCCCACCCCAGGGAGGUGAGAUUGCAGUCAGCUGAAAUCGGCUUGCUACGGCGUCCUGUUCCUGACCCUCAGAGCCAACAGUUAGAUCGUGUCUCAUUCCCAGGAUGCGCCAACAGUCCCCAUAGGGGAUCGGGGCCUUGAUGAUUGGGCCUCGAAGGCCAGAAACAAGGCACCAAGAAAUUGGAAAGCUUUGCACUCCUCCAGAAAGGGGUAAUUGAGUCCCUCCCCGUGCCCAUCUCCCGCCUGUGAUGGGACAGCUUCUUCUCACUAAAAUGGAGAUGCCCCCUUGUAUGAACUGCCUGAUUGUUUGGUUCUGAGGCCUGGUUUGCUCUUAAUUCCUAUCUGGACUCCUCAGACCUUAACCUUUUUCCUGAGCUCUCUUUACUGCACUGGAGUUCCAACUCCCUUUGAGUUGUGGGGUGGGGGGGAGGGUUGUGGGUUUUCUUGGUUGGUUUUGUUUUGUUUGUUUCAUUUUGUUUUGUUUGGCUAAUUGGUGCAUAUUCAGGUACCACCUUUGACGUGUGGAUCUCUCUCCUGACCACCAUGGGAAGUGUCUGCCAGAUUCCAUUUUCUAAGAGUUUCUGAGGGUGAGGCUCUUAUUUUUUUUAAGGGAGCCAAUCUAUUUCCUGCACUUCAAGAAGAAUUCAAAAUGUUCCUGAAUUUCAAAUACCUCAUGCAAAAAUGUCUCCUGAAAUAAGGGAAAAAAAAAAAAAACUUUGAAAAUCUUAAUGUUGAAGUUAGCGAUGCCGAAAGGUUUCUGUCUUAAAAAAAAAUCCUUUUCCAUUUUGCCCCUCAGGCAGUCAGUUCUGUGGAGAACUGUGUUCUGCGUUACCUCUCAGUGUAUCUCAAGGCGGCUUUACCUCCAGAUCCUCUAGGGUUAGAGUAACUUUUUUCUUUGCAGCAAAACUCCAUGUUGAUGAAAGAUGAAUUUGGAUAUUUAUUUCCUUUUCUUUUUGGGAAACGAGAGGUUACAACCAGACAGCUAAAGGAAAACCACACACACGCGUCCACGGGAACAGCAAGUGGCCGGGGUCCCCUACGCCCCUUCUGUUUGCAGUGGCCUCUGGACAGGCAAGGGGAGUCGACACGGUCGAGGAUGAAGACAACAUCCACGAGACCGAGGCUGUCAUUAGUUUUUCUCUGAAGUGCCUGAAGGUAGGAAUGGGCCGGUGGUUGGGACCAAGUGGGCCCCACCACGGCCACGCCAGGCAGAGCGCCAGCGGCCCUGCACUCAGUGCUGGCCGGGAAGGCCUUCCACACGGAGUGAUGAGACUGCAGAAAUCCACACGUGCUUCCUUCCCCGCCGCAGCCCGCUCCUCGGAGCCGCUGUUCCCCACCACCCUGCACCCCUCCCACCCCAGAACCUCAGACCUUGCAGCCGGCGAGCCAGGGGUGGGGGGCCUAAGUGAACACCUUCCAUGGACACCAGGCCCCGUGGCCGAAAGUGCUCCCAGGGCAAACUCACUCCCCGCAAAACUUGACACUGGGGAGGCUGCGGCUACACAUUCCACAAAGUGCUGGCACUUAACCCAAAAGCCAGAAGGCAAUUGACCACCUCAUAGGGUGGUGACCUCCCAUUACAAACGACUUCAUGGUUUGGAAUGUUCAUUAUGGCCAAGGAGCUGGUUAGAGGUAUAAAGACCUUUUUUCACUGUUACCUGAUUUUUUUUCCUCUUAUGAUUUUUUUUUUUUUUUGGUGUGUUGUACAGCAGUAUAAUUUUUCACUUAUUUAUUCCAUCAGUAGAUAUGGUUUGUACAAUGUACAAUGGUUCCAUUUCAGAAAAUAAAAAAAAUCAAAUCAUGAA